AUGAAUUUAUUAUUACAAGAUCCAUUUACUGUAUUAAAAGAAUAUCCUGAAAAAUUGACUCAUACAAUUCAAAACCCCUUGAUUACGACAUGCCUCAAAUAUAGUCCACAAGGUCAUUAUUUAGCUCUUGGUUCAGUCAACGGUUCAGUAAUGAUUUAUGAUACUGAAACAUAUAGACCAAUUCAUAUCUUAGGAUCGCAAUACGGUGGUGCACAUUCAAGAGCUGUGCAAUCUAUUCAAUGGUCAGAUGUUAGUUACUGUUCCAAUAUAGAUGAAUAUAAGAUAGGAAGAUACAUUGUUACAUGUGGUAGGGAUUGGUAUUGUCGUGUCUGGGAUAUUUUAAAACCAGAAACACCAAUUUUUGAAACUUUAUUUGAUGGUCCCGUCUGGAAUUGUCAUUGGAUUCCUAUUAAUGAAGAGAGUAUUAUUGGACAUCCAAAAUUAGAUCGGAUUAACCAAUGUUUAGUGGCUACUGCAUAUGAGGAAUCUCAUGCUUUUUAUAUUGAUCCAAUAAAUAAUAUCAAUAUUCCUUUAAAGGAAAAUGAUGCAGCAAAUGCUUCAGAUGAUAAUCAUUACGAAGAUGAGGUACAACAGAAUAAAGACACAAAAAAUGAAGAUCAUGGUUUUGUAUUAACUACCUAUAUACAUCCAAAAUUGAAAAAUGUUAUAAUCACAGGUAGUUCUAAAGGUUGGAUUAAAUUUUAUAACAUUGAGUCAAAUAAUAAACAAGAUUUUGAAACAACAUCUUCUGCGUCAAGUACACUAGUUUUUAAAAUCUUAAACUCAAUUAAAAUAUCUAAUUCUAAUAUUAAAGAUAUUAUAAUAUCACAAAAUGGCGAUAGAAUGGCUAUUAAUUGUUCAGAUAGAACAAUCAGACAAUAUUCUCUAACCUUCGAUUCGAAAAAUGAAAGUUUUAUACUUAAUUUGGAACAUAGGUAUCAAGAUGUGAUCAAUAAAUUACAAUGGAAUGGCAUAAUGUUCAGUAAUAAAUCUGGCGAUUAUAUUGUAGCUUCGACUCAUGGAUCUUCGACACAUGAAUUAUACCUCUGGGAAACAAAUUUUGGCUCUUUGGUUAGAGUAUUAGAAGGCGCAGAAGAAGAAUUAAUGGAUAUCGAUUGGAACUAUUAUACAAUGUCUAUUGCAAGUAAUGGAUUUGAAACUGGAGAUGUAUAUAUAUGGUCACUUGUUAUUCCACCUAAAUGGAGUGCUUUAGCACCAGAUUUUGAAGAAAUUGAGGAAAAUAUUGAUUAUCAAGAGAAAGAAGAUGAAUUUGAUGAAUUCGAUGAGGACCAAAAUCAUCAAUCCCAAUAUAAUAUGAUUAAUAACACCAGUGAAUCGAUUCCAAUUGAUUUAAGGACCAAAGAAAAAUAUGACGUUAGGGGAAACAAUAUAACUUAUGAUCAAUGUCCUAUUCCAAUCGAUUAUGAAAGAAUUAUAACUAUGAAUUAUCAAAAUUCAUUAAAAUAA